UAUUAUAUAACAAGUGCUGGGGAUUAAUCGCUUCUAAUUAAAUUUCACCGGUGUUAAAUAGAAAGCGAAUAUGAAUUGAACGCUAAAAUGAUCUUGUUUCGUUGGCUUUUCAUUUGCUAUUAUUGUCGAUCGAUUAAAUUAUUACUCAAGCUUCCAACUCCGAGAACCUGCAAAUACAUCGUAACUGACUAUUAUCUUUUUAAUGUUUAAGUAGCCGCCCAUAGGUGAUUGACGUAUUUUAUCUUUUUAACUUGUUAAUCAUGGAUUAAAAGUAGAAAGUGCACAGAUACUUUUGAGGACUGGCAAAAUAUUGCAGGUAAUUGCAGAUUCAGAGUAAGGCUAACAGACAACGGAAAUGACCUCCUUAUUACGAAGAACCAAAUCGGCCAGUGCCCGACUUUCAAAACAAUAUUCGGAACCAGAUCUUCAAAACACCUUUAACGUCCGGUUUGACUACAGCGACACCUACCUCGAUAAUGAAGAACUCGAUCAUCAAUUGGAGAAUCAAUCAGACGAACUAAAUCGCGAACGAUACCGAGCGGGCGUUGAAGCAGACGAACUUUUGAAGAAAACGAAAAAGGACGCAGACGAGAAAAUGCAGUUGAAAAAUAAGAUUAAGAACAGAAACAUGACGGAAUCUACCGACAGGGUCACGAAAUCUGCAAACAUUAAGCGGAAAUUGUCGCAGCCCGUUUGCGUUCGACCAAAGUCGACUGUUGCAAAAGAACGUAUUGAGGAAGAGUCAGAGGAUAACCCGGAUGGUAAUGACACAUUAGACGAAAUAGCCGUUGGUAUAAAAACAACAGACAACUCAGACAAGCCGAGAGCAUUUCACAAUUUGACAAUGUUCCUCUUAGCCCUACACAGGAGAAAACCGCGGACAGCUCAAAACAAAUCUAGCGAUAAAAAAGAUUACAAAAUCGACAGACUUAUUGCAAACGAAACUGUUACCAAAAGCGAUGCCGGCAAUAGACCAGCGAUUCAAAAUUUGACUCAAACAAGGCCAUCAGUGGUGCUAUCUAGGAGGCCGGCAAGUUACCACGUUGGCGAUGCACGAGGCAAAACGCCGCCCGUUGACACAGAUAAGGCUCAGUACGGAAUUCACGUCCAGAAGGACUUCACGCGAUCCCGGCGGACGCUGGGCGACAUCAGCAAGCUGGAACAAGACGCCAAAUACGGCUUCGUGAAUAAAUUCGAGGAGCGCCGGAAACGCCUUUUGGCCGAGUGUCGCGACACCGGUGCCCUUAAUGACAGGAUUAAGUACUGGAUGAAGGAUGUGGACGAAUUGAAAAUUCUCUCCAGUCCGGAAAAUUCUCUCGAAAGGGUUCUCCUACGUUCAAAAGCAUCGCAGCAAAUGCAACGUUCGAGCUAGCGUGAUUCUUGACGGCGUUAUGUAGGGCGUGUUUCACACACACGUUGAAAAUAUUACUUCAUUUGUCACUAUUUAAUAUUUAUGGUGUGAAAAUGUUAUUGGUCCAAAACCGGGUCACGCGUGAAAAUGAUGUGAAAAUAUAAUGUAAGUGCUUAUGAACAACGAGUUGCGUUUACAAACUUCUCCGAAAAUUUAAAUCAUAUGCUACAAUAUGUUAAUAUUUAGCCAAUGUGAAGAAUGAGAUUCUACUAUUCAUAACUGUGAUAAAUAUUUGUGAAUAAUGU